AUGGCAGAUCCUUCAGUGGUGGAUCACCUGACACGACUGAAACUCAAACUCCUGGAAAAGAGGCUGCGAAAUGCCCAGGAGAACCUAGAGAAGAUGGGAUUGUCCCUCCCAGCUGCACGGAACAGAGCUCAGGACCUGCUCCAAAGUGCCCUGAGGCAAAGGGAGGAUCUGCUGCAGGAGCUCAGGGAGCAGCACCUUCUGGAAGAGCUGGCACAGCCACCUGCACCAGAUGGGGGACGCUGCCAGGAGCACAGAGCUGCCCUCCCACAGAUCUACCAGAUCCCUUUUCCAGCUUCCCCCGUGGAGCCACCAAGGAUUAUCCAGCAGGCAAUGCCAGCUCAGCCUGCCACCAUCAUCCAGCAGCUGCCUCAGCCCUCCCCUGUGCUCACCCAGAUCCCCCCAGCCCAGCCCUUUGCAGCCCCCCGCUCUGGGAGCAUCAAGGAAGACGUGGUGGAGAUGAUGCUGAUGCAGAACGCUCAGAUGCACCAGGUGAUGAUGCAGAACAUGAUGCUGAAGGCUCUGCCCCCAGCACUGCUCACACAGCCUGGGGGAGCUGGCUCUGCCCCUCUGCAGCACAGGCACCAGGACCUGCAGCUGGCUGGGAAGGCAGAGAGGCCCAAGGCAGCUGUGGUGCACCACCACCACCACUACCCCAGCACGGGGGUGCUCCCAGUGCCCCCCAGUGGCCCACAUACUGACAGUACAGGAUCCUCUGCAAAUGGACCAGAGCCUUUCUAA